AUGUUUGGCAUUCUUGAGUCAGUGGCUACGCCUCGCGCGGGCGUCUAUAGCAGCUACGAAGAUUUGAUUGAAAAUCUGAAUGAGCGGAUGGAAAAGGAGGGCUACAAAAUCGUCAAGUCGCGCUCUCACAGGGCGUACGUUGGGGGCGCCGACGUGCCCAAUAACGGUAUUAUCCGCUGCGACUUGGUCUGUAAUCGUGGUGGCCGGGCAUACAAAUCAGAGGCAACACAACGCAAAACGACAACCAAGAAGACGGGUUGUCCAUGGAAAGCCAAGGCCGUCCACCGAAAGACUCUCGGGGGGUGGGUGCUUACCGUGGCCUGCGACCAGCAUAACCACGAGCCCGGUACGCCUGAGCCUCCGUCGCCAGAGCCCAGCAAUGGCGAGGACGAAGAUGUGGAAGACUCAAGCCCGGAAUUACCAGCACUGGGGCCAGACACCUCAGCUGCCAUCUCAGUCGCUGGCGUGUCAGAGGCAGCAGUACGGCUGACAGGAGACACAUUCAACCAGUACAAAAGAGACUACAGAAAACUCUCGCCAACUGAUCGAAUGCAACUGCUUUCUAAUAUGCAAAUGCGAAUUGCUGCCAUUUACGCUAUCCAGAAUGAAGAUGCGCAGCGUCAACGGCGUCUAGAGAUUCAAGAAAGACGGCAUCGUGAGAUCGACACGGCCCAAGGAAGGCCUCAGCAGAGCAGAACGUCAAACACACAUAAAAGGCAGAGACUGAGCGUUGUUGAAGAUCUGGAAUAUGACCAAAUGGUUCGGCAGAGCGCAAAGCUUCCAGGCGGGCAGAGGCGGAGCGCUGCCGAAGAUCCAAAUUAUGGCCAGAUGCUUAUGCAGAGCGAGAGGCGGCAGCUGCGAGAGCAACACUCACAGGCAGCGUCAGAGCCCCAGAUGCAGGACACAGCCACACAAACAUCAGUGUCUAUUCCUAAUAUCGGACUGGCUCAAUUCCCGCAAUUUGCAAACAGUUUCAGGCGUGGCCGAGAAGCAAACCCAUCGAAUGCUGGUUCUCGAGUUGCCCCACCAAAUCUGGACGACUUUUUCGAUCCUCUUGGUUCUGGCACAUCUACACUGAGGGACAAAAUGUCGACAGUCUUGCCUCCGCCGUCGAAAAGACAGCGCCGUGAGCAGCUUGAGCGCUCUCGUGUCCAGCAAGAUGUUACGGCCGUCCCUGGGCCCGAGGGCUCCUUCAAGGCUCGAUUCGUUGACCCGGAUGGCAAUCAGCAGGCGCUGGUAGAGGUGCCGCUAGCUGAUGCCUCGGAGAAGAACCUGUCGCUGCUCUUGAAUACGCUUCUCGCUAGGGAAAAAGAAGACUUCGUACCAUACCGGUUCCGCAUCCACAUCCCCGACAGCGAUAUCAUUGUCGAUCAGUAUCCCAACGAUUUGCUGCAACUGUUGCGCAGCCAUGGCAUUGAAAAUCCCUUCGAAACUACAGUCACGCUUAGUGCCGAGCCACAGGCAGUCUUCAAAGUCAAGGCAGUAACGCGCAUGUCGCAUCGCAUCCCGGCGCACGGCGAAGCCAUUCUUGCAGCACAAUUCCCUCCCCAGACGAGCAGCUUGUUGGCCACGGGAUCUGGUGACAAUACUGCGAGAAUCAUGGACACGGACACUGGUACGCCUAAAUAUACUCUGUCUGGCCACAAGGGCUGGGUACUGUGCGUCGCGUGGUCGCCGGAUGGACGCCGACUGGCGACUGGCAGCAUGGACAAGACGGUUCGGCUGUGGGAUCCUGUUACUGGCAAAGCCGUUUCGGGGGGAACAUUCAGCGGGCACGCCAAGUGGGUGACAAACAUGGCAUGGGAACCAUAUCAUCUCUGGAGAGAUGGCACACCCAGACUGGCAAGUGCUAGUAAGGACUCGACUGUGCGUGUGUGGAUGGUAGACAAUGGCACAACGGAACAUGUCUUGUCUGGACACAAGAGCAGCGUCAGUUGUGUGAAGUGGGGAGGCACGGGAAACAUCUAUACAGCCAGCCACGACAAGACGGUAAAAGUUUGGAACGCAGAGCUGGGGACGUUGCUGCAUACACUGUCUUCUCACGCACACUGGGUCAACCACUUGGCAUUAUCGACCGAGUUUGCGCUACGAACAUCAUAUUUUGACCACACACCGACUCCGGCAACAGAGCAGGAGAAGCGUGCCAAGGCCAAGGAACGAUUCGAAAAGGCUGCAAAAAUACAAGGCAAGGUUGCUGAGCGGCUAGUCUCGGCAAGUGAUGACUUUACCAUGUAUCUGUGGGAUCCGUCGCAAGGGACGAAACCAGUGGCGAGAAUGCUGGGCCAUCAGAAGCAGGUCAAUCAUGUAACAUUUUCCCCAGACGGGAGCUUGAUUGCCAGCUCAGGCUGGGAUAACCACACAAAGCUAUGGAACGCCAGGGACGGGAAAUUCAUCAAUACUCUCCGAGGCCACGUGGCACCAGUAUACCAGUGUGCGUUUUCUGCAGACUCGCGGCUUCUUGUGACGGCGUCGAAGGAUACAACGCUUAAGGUAUGGUCGAUGGCAACGCACAAGCUAGCCGCGGACUUGCCAGGUCAUCAAGACGAAGUCUACGCCGUUGACUGGAGUCCGGACGGCAAGAAAGUUGGCAGCGGCGGAAAGGACAAGGCUGUGCGCCUGUGGUGCAAUUAG